GACACUAUCGAUACAAGCGCCAGUUUGAUUCUUCGAAUACCCCUCAGAUUGAUCUCAAUAUCACGGUGCCAUAUAUAUUCAGUGCACGACUCUAUCCAUUUGGUGAAACGAAAGGUGACAAAGUGCUCAAUGGUUCCUCACAGACAGUCAAACUCAGCAAGCCGUUCAAAUUUCUUGGCAAAGAAUAUGAGGCUGUUAAUAUUCGACGUGAUGGCGCGAUUGGCUUAUCAGCGGUACCAAUGAAACCGUCGCAGUUACCAUCAUCGCAACCAGUGAUCGCCGUUUACUGGAUGCCAACGCAGGGUGGAAAAGUGCACUACAGGGAAUCGAGUGGUAAAAAAAUUCACUCUUCAUCUACGCUAACCAUAGUAGCUUUAAAGUGCGAAUUAGGCUGGGCUAGUCAAG